CCAAAUUUACACGUUUCUCAUUUCUUCAGUUCUUCAAAAUCUCAUCUCCUUCUUCUUUCAUUCUCCUUUGUCCUUCGUUACUUUUUCAUCUCUUCAUUUCGUUUCUCUUUCUUUCAAUUUUCAAUCUCAUCUCAGUCUUAUUCCUCACUUUCACUUCUGAAUUGUUGUCCUUGGAUAUAAUACUUCUUUUUCUUUUUCUGAUUCUUUUUCUUAAUUUAGAUUGUUGUUCCAAUUAAGAGUAAUUGCAUUGUUUUUCUUCUUAUUUUUUGAUAUUUUUCUUGUUUGGUCUAGGUUGUUCUUUCAAACCUUAUUUUUUGAACAAUUUUGUUGUUUUUUCGAUUUUCAAUCUCAUCAUUUUUUUUGCUAUUUUUAUUGUUCUUGUUCUUUGAUCUCUGUGUUUUUUUUAUUUCGUUUAUUUUGGCUUCAUUUUUCUUUCAAUUUGUUAGUUUGAUUGUUCUUUUCUAGACUUCUAAUUGAUUUAGCUUCCUUUUUUUUUUGUUUUUUGGGUCUUGAUUUUUUUGGGAUUUUUUAAUUCUUAUUUCGGUUUUUUAUUUUUUUGGUGUGUGACUGUGUUUGUGUGUGCAACACUGCUACCGGCCUAUUACCCUACUUGUCGGUGGUUUUGUUCUUGUUCAGUAUUGCAUGUGAAAAUUAAUUGCCAAUAAAUUAUGUCAAAAAUUCUAUACCAAUUCAGCAAAUUCAGUCUUAAAAAGGCCAAUAAAUUCUGCCAAAAAAUGACAAAAAUGAAACCGGGUACCCGGUGUCUCGACUCGAUUUAUCCGCGUACCCGAUAUCCGUUUAUAAGGAUAAAUUGGGCUCGGACACAGAUAGGUACCCCACUAACCGGGUACCUGCUUUCUGGUUACCCAGUUUUAAACACCCUUAGUUGGCAUUGGGGAUUGAGUGUACGCAAGUUGCAAUCGGUUGUGCAACAACAAGCCGCAUUGCAUAUUGCCCCAAGUCUUAAAGGUUUUCAAAUUUAUCCAACUUGUAUUUCCAGCAUUUUAUAGCUGUAAAAAAAUUGGGUUUUAGGUUGCUUCAAGGAAUAUGUUAUGGUUUUGGUUUGGCAACACGACAACCACUCAACUCCGUUACUGAAUCACCGUGUGUUGGUUACCACAAUUGAAACCAUUAUUGCAUUUUUUUCACUAUAAAGCAUUCUUACCCUUGUAAUAACAUAAGUUUUCAUCUUCUGCACCUUCUCAUAAAUAAAACACUCAUGAUUUAUUAAAAAAAAUUUUAUAUCCAAAGAUAGGUUACUACAAAAAUUAUUUCCACCAUCGUGUGGAUAUGUUUUAAUACCUCUAAAGAUCAGUUCCAUCAAUUUUUUGUAGACUCAUGCUCAUAGUAGUAUGUAUUCAGUCUAGUUCGAGAUUAAUUUGUAUGAAAAUGAGAUUUAAAUUUUUUUCUGCACUCUUUGAACCCGAAUUUGUCAAAAGCACCUUAUGCUUCCAUUUAUCACCAUAUAUAAAAUAUAGGUAUACCCAAAAUUGAAUUUACAAUUUACAUGUCAUGUCUCAUGAAGUCUAAGACUUUUAUAUAGUUUUACCCAAAAAAGAAAAAGUUGAUCAAUGUCUAUUCCUGUUUUAACUGCCUUGUAUUUAGCAUUUUCUUAUGUGCUAAAUUCUAAUAUAUCUAAUGCUGGAUAAGAUGUUAUAAUUCAGAGGCUUUUUUUUCUUUUUUGUUCAGGAGUUAGCUGUCAUUGUUGCCAGAGGAAGAGAAAAUUCUAUCUUGUGUUAUCCUGUUGUUGAAACUAUACACAAGGAAAACAUAUGUCACAUAGUUAAGGCUCCAGCUGUGGUACCAUGGAAAGUAAGAGAACUGGCCACUGAAGUAGCACAUAAAGCAGUGAGUUCGUUGGAAGGAGCUGGCGUCUUUGCAGUGGAGUUGUUUUUGACAGAAACUGGAGAGAUUCUGCUAAAUGAAGUAGCUCCUAGACCUCAUAAUAGUGGUCAUCAUACUAUUGAAUCGUGUUACACAUCACAGUAUGAGCAACACUUGAGAGCUGUUAUUGGUCUUCCUCUCGGUGAUCCAUCAAUGAAGGCACCAGCUGCUAUCAUGUAUAAUAUAUCAGGUGAAGAUGAGGGGGAACCAGGUUUCUUUCUCGCUCAUGAACUUAUUAGACGGGCUCUUACUGUGCCAGGAGCAUCUGUUCAUUGGUAUGACAAGUCAGAAAUGAAAAGACAACGCAAGAUGGGUCACAUCACUAUCGUUGGCUCUUCUAUGGGCAUCGUAGAUAGACAUUUAAAAUGCAUGCUAAAAGAAGACAAGCCCGAAGGUGCGGUCUCGCCCAAAGUUGGAAUUAUAAUGGGAUCGGAUUCAGAUCUUCCCGUCAUGAAGGAUGCUUCGCGAAUCUUAAAUAUGUUUGGAGUUGAACAUGAGGUGAGAGUUGUUUCUGCACAUAGAACCCCGGAAAUGAUGUUUUCGUAUGCUGGGUCUGCUUUGGAAAGAGGUAUCCAAGUAAUCAUUGCUGGUGCUGGUGGCGCUGCACAUUUGCCAGGAAUGGUUGCGGCACUUACGCCUGUGCCUGUGAUUGGUGUCCCAGUACGUGGUUCCUCAUUAGAUGGACUUGAUUCCCUCUUAUCAAUUGUCCAGAUGCCUAGAGGGGUUCCUGUUGCAACUGUUGCAAUAAACAAUGCCACAAAUGCUGGGCUCCUGGCAGUGAGGAUGCUUGGGGUCGCUGAUUCUGAUUUAAAGUCUAGGAUGGCCCAGUAUCUUGAAGGUGCCAGAGAUGAUGUUCUUGUGAAGGCUGACAGGCUACAAAAGGAUGGAUGGGAAGCUUAUUUGAACAAUUGAAAAACAUUAUGUCUAAAGGUCUUAUUGCGUACCAACCCGAUAACAAAUUUAUCAAUAUUGGAUGAUCUCAUUUUCCAGUGACAGCCCCGUCAAAUACUGUUCAGGAUUCAGGAAUGUACAUUUAUACAAUGGUCAAUUGAUGAAUCCGUGCCCCAUGGUGUGUCGAUGGAUUAAGAUUCCUUAUCAAGCAAAGUAAAAGUGCUUUUGAACUUCAGAUUUGAGAAUGUAAAACAUGAUAUUAAGUGGAAAUGUAAAAUGUGAUAAAAAAAAAAACCAUUUUUCAAUUAAAAUUUCAAUUUAUUAUUAGAAUAAAGUGAUUUUUUUAUGAAAA